AAGCUCUCUACUCUCUCUGUCAGUUGGAGACCACUCAAUAGAAAACAUCAGACUCGGGGCUGGACUCGGAUACCUCUUAUGCGCACUGUAAAUACCACAUUUAAAUAUUGUAAUUAUUUGGCGCACUGCUCUGCUCUUCAUACAUUGAUUAAUAUUUACAGUCACUACCUGCGUGCGCACCUCUUUGGUAGGUGGAGAGAAAAGAAUAAUCACUCUCCGCGAACCCCAAAGCAAAGGAGUUGGGAGAAAUUUUGAGUGAGUGGGAAAGCCGUGCUUGCUCCUUGGACUACAUACAAUGAAGAAAUUCUAAGGUGGCAGUCUUUGUUUAUUUACGCUUCCUUUGGCUGUAUGUAACCAAGGACUAUCUCAUGAACCGGUAUCCUCUUGCGUGAAAUUCUGUUUUCACUUAGAACUCUGCUUCCUGGACAAAUGCAUACAAAUGCAUUUAGGAGCCCAACGGACAAGGAGUGGACACGUUUCUCCCACAGCAAUAACGGGAACCCUCCUCCUGCUCCUGUCAAUAUGCACAUUGUCUGCAGAAGAAGACUACCGAGCACAAGGUGUCGAUAUCCUCCAUCAGCUGGGCCUCACCGGCAGCAGAGAGUUUCUCUCCUCUGGGAUCAGCUCGCCCUCUCCUCCAUCCUCACCCCCAAGAGCCGGGGUCCUACUCAGCCUGGAUGCCCACAUUGAAGCCCCCACGGGGAGCCUGUUCCCGCCGGAGCUCGGUGAGGAGUUUUCUGUUGUGGUGAGCCUAAGCUCCUGGCGAGCGAACAAUGCUUUCCUUUUCAGCGUGCGUGACAGCAGGAACAAGCUGCAGUUUGGUAUCCAGCUGCUGCCCGGGAAGGUGGUCGUGUACACUGCCGAGAAGACCUCCGUCUACUUCACCUAUGACGUGCACGACGGGCGUCAGCACUCUUUCGCUGUGGGCGUGAGGCCACGCUCUGUGUCGUUCCAUGCGGACUGCGGGGCGGUGCAGCAGAGAGAGCAGACGCUGACCCGGUCACAGACGCUGGGGUCAGGAUCCGGAGGCCUGCUCACCUUAGGAAGGAUGAACUCAAAAGCAGCCCAAUUCCAGGGCCUCAUAUGCCAGCUGGAUAUCUACCCCCUGGCCCAGGCUGCUGCGCGCUACUGCGACUACCUUAAAAGACAAUGCCGGCUGGCCGACACUUUCCGAUGGCCCCCCGGCUCGGAUAUGGAGGUUUCCAGCUCCCUGGCUUUCUCUCCUAUUCCUCUUUCUCUGGAGUCCCAGAUGGUGGUGCCCCCCUUGUUGGCUGUAGACUCCCACACCCAGCAGACCUCCACCCCGGCCGGAUCAGCCCCCAUCCCCUCUCUGGAGGGGUCCGGAACAAUGUAUUUAAGCCCCUCAGAGCAGCCUCACCUGGGGGUCAGGAUCCAGACCCAGAGCUCUCUGCUAGAGCACCUCAACUCCAUCCAUACCCCCGUCACUGCUGGCCACAACAGCCUGUCCUCAGGCACCCUCAGUGGGCUGGAGGCCCUGGGAAUCACCCGCAGAAGUACCACCCCCAGUUCCAGAUCCAGGCCAACAAGGGGCUCAACCAGGCAGUCUCCCCAGUCUGAGAACGUCAUGGAGGAGAGGAGCCCCAGGAGGCCCCAACGGGUCACCACACACACCCCAGGUAUAAACUCUCCUGUCAAGCAGACUCACUUGAAGGAUGGCCUGAGGAACAGCUCCAGCUCCAUGCCUAGGGACUCUAACCCCCAGCUCCAGCCCACUGACCACCUCCUGGACACCCAGUUCAGAGCCAAUGGCACCACCCUGUACCGGGAGAACCAGGUGGAAACCUCAGAGGAGCAUGGCCAGGAAGAGGCCUACGAUGUGGACAUGGGAGGCUACGACUAUGGAUAUGAGGAUCCAGACUACUUCUACGGAGACUAUGACGGAGCUUUCCCCGGACCCAAAGGAGAACCAGGUCCUCCGGGUCCUCCUGGUCCCCCUGGUCUACCUGGUCCUGCUGGGAAGAGAGGAGCUCGGGUGAGUACUGCAAACCAUGUCACACCUGUGGUCAUGUGA